AUGGCAGAUAGAGUCAAGUAUCUCCUACAGAAAAGAACCUCUUUGAAAUCCCAAAUAACCACUUUAUCCAAUCUCAUAGACAAGGGCAGCAUAAACAACGCCACAUUAAAAUUAAGAAUCGCGCGCUUAACCGAGUUAUACCAUGCUUUCGAAGAGCACAACGACGAGCUCGCUAUGGCGGAUCCGAACGACGCUCAUCAUGACGAAUUCGUUGCCAUUCAAGAGCGGUUUUAUGCUAUCGCGGGAAAAAUCGAAGACAUUUUGUUAGAUACACCAAAUACUUCAAAUUCCGGCAAUUCGAGCAUCGAAACGCGAACCGAUAACUCUGAGAACGCGUCGGUCGUGAAAACGCGGCGAAUUAAAUUACCCGAAGCGCCUUUACCAACGUUUGACGGUAAAUACGAAUUGUGGAUGUCAUUUAAAAAUGCGUUUCAGAAUAUGAUCGGGUCGCGCACCGAUUUGUCCGAUAUAGACAAACUACAUUAUUUGAAAUCGGCUUUAACGGGUGAAGCAGCCAAUAAGACGAGAAUAUUAGAGAUUGACGGAAUACAUUACACCAAGGCCUGGGAGUUGUUAGAACGCUCAUAUGAGGUUAAACGCAUCCUAAUUUCGCGGCAUCUUUCUAUGAUCACGAACAUGACCGUAUUGGAAAGAGAAACGUCAAGCGCGCUCUCGAAACUCGCGGACGACACUCAACAACACGUCGCGUCAUUGAAGGCCUUGGGAGUGUCCGUCGGUCCCGAAAUGCUCGUCCAUAUGUUGGAAAGUAAAUUACCAAGGAUCACACUAGAAAAAUGGGAAUUGACUCUCGAAAGAGAUGAGUUUCCUAAACUCGAUGAUAUGUACGAGUUUUUGUACAAAACCGCGGUGUGCGCAUCUAAACGAGAAAGAUCGAAAGUUACGGAAAUAGAGAGGGACAAAGGCGAGCCUUCGGCUAAAAGGAAGUGUUGUGCUACGAAUCGCGCUUUCAUUUUGAACGCGUCGCGUAAUUGUUUGGCAUGCAAGAUAAAACGGCAUCCGCUGUAUCUAUGCGAUAAGUUCAAGCGACUAUCUGUCCCGAAGCGUAUCGAAUUCGUAAAGGGAGCCAAGGUUUGCUACAAUUGCUUGCGUUCCCAUCGAGAUACUCCCUGUAAAUUCUCGAAUUGUACGAUCUGCCAAAAACGUCACAACACGCUUUUGCACCUCGAAAACUACGCGACCGCGAGUAAAACUAGCGCGACGAAACCCAGCAUGACGAAACCAGAGGCCGCGCAAACCGAAUGA